GUUUAUUGCACUAGUUCAACAGUGCAUCUACAAAGAACAGACCAUAGAUAUUGAAGAUCGAGAAUGGUGAAUCAAGAAUUGAACCUUGACCAAUCGGAACAAAGAAAGCCGAGAUCGAAGUUAAUUGAUUCGUCGAAUUCUAAUUUCUAAACCACAAUUUCUUGUUCUGACAAAGGCUUAAGCAAAUCGUUCAGUGUGGAAUGCAGCUGUAAUGUACAACUGGAUCUCUAUUCACGAUAUUACUGAAAUACUCUAAUCGCUUCGAAGUAUUUAUAUCAUCAAGUGGACUGUAUUCUAUACUUUAAAAGAUUAAAUUACAAAUAAAUUAUUAUUAAAAAAUAAUGCCGAACCUUAAGUUAUUUGACGUCGAUACGAAAGUUGUGUACACAUUAGAAGUUUCCGAGGAAGAUGCUGCAAAAGCUAAUAAAGAUAUGUCGUUUGCAACGCGACUUUUACAUAAAUAUUUAACAACACUCGGCCAGGAAGAAACUAAGUCAUCCACAGAAACAGCAUCUUCUACAUCUUUAUAUGAUAAUACCUCUACUGCUGUAGAAGAAAAAGCACAGGAAACUGCAGAUCAUUCUUCAGAAAAAGAUGGUUUUCGUUGGUCACAUGAAGCAAUUCUUGUAUUUCUUGAAAUAUAUAAAAAGCAUGAGCAUCUCAUUAUAUCUGGUACAACAUCAAUGAAAAAGUUCUGGAAAAUGGUUGCUGCUGAAUUAAAUGAAACAGGAUAUAAUGUCAAUGAUUCUCAGUGCAAGAGUAAAAUGGCUGGCUUGAGAAAUACUUAUAAAAGUAUAAAGGAUUACAAUGGAAAGCACAACUAUAGUAAUCGAAGAUGGCGAUAUUUUAAUAUCAUGGAUGAAAUGUACAAGAAGAGGCCAUGGACAUCUCCAACUCUGACAAACAAUAGUGUUUCUGAGCACAAUGUUGAUGAGGAGAAAACUGAUGUGUCACCAAGUAAAACAGAAUUACCUUCCAAACGUUUGAAACAGAUAGAGAAAGUAAUUGCUGUUGUAGAAGAAAGUAGUACUGAACGCAGGAGAAUGCACCAGGAAGCAAUGACACGUCAAGAUAAAUUACUCGAUAUGCUAGAAAAGUUACAUAACAAUGUUGAUGACAGAAAUGGAUCACCUUCAUGCAGAAUUGAAUUGCCUCUUACGCGUUCAAAACAAUUUUCCACAAUAGAGAAGCUAAUUGCUGCUAUAGAAGAGAGCACAACGAAACGCAGUAGAAUGCACGAGGAAGCAAUGGCACGACAGGAUAAAUUACUCAGUGUUCUAGAGAGGAUGCUUGAAAAACAUUAACAUGGUACAGUUGACACUAUACAUGAUUGAUCUAGAUAGUCAUCUAGAUUUAGAUAACUUUGUGAUAAUUAUUUAAAUAUCAGGAAAUAAUCAUUUGAUCUGUAAUUUCA